ACUUAAGCCCCAGCUGAGCUGGGUCUGCUGGCAAGCUUGAAGCAGCUAAAUUCAAGGUCUUCUAUAUUUUCUUAAAUUUUAUGUGAUAUUGCUCAGACUCAAAAUGAUCGGGCCUUUAGCUUCUCGCCAAAUCGGACAUACUCUCCGUAAGACACUAUCCCUAAGGUAUGCGGGGGCUGUCACCUCUCAAAUAAGGAACCAUGGAGCUUACUACCCCAUAGAUGACACCGUCUUUGGCCUUACGGAAGAGCAGCGUCAGCUUCGGAAGACUGUUUUUGACUUUGCUCAGAAAGAGCUGGCUCCCAAGGCUGCAGAAAUUGAUAAAGAAAACAACUUUUCAGAACUUAGGGUUUAUGCCAAAACUGAUCCCAAGGCAUCCAAAGCCCAGCAUGGUGUAUCAGCUUUUAUUAUAGAGAAAGGCAUGAAAGGAUUCAGCACAGCACAGAAGCUUGACAAACUUGGCAUGCGAGGCUCCAAUACUUGUGAACUUAUCUUUGAAGAUUGCAAAGUACCAGCUUCAAAUAUGCUUGGUCAUCUGAAUAAAGGCAUAUAUGUAUUGUUUUCUGGUCUUGAUCUGGAGAGACUAGUAUUAGCAGCUGGACCUGUUGGCUUGAUGCAGGCUGCUUGCGAUGCAGCUUUCGAAUACGUUCAUGUUCGCAAACAGUUUAACACACGAAUUGGAGAGUUCCAGCUGAUGCAGGGUAAAAUUGCUGACAUGUAUUGCACUUUGAAUGCGUGUAGAUCAUACUUGUAUUGUGUAGCACGUGCAUGUGAUCUGGGUCACUUCAACAAUAAAGAUUGUGCUGGUGUCAUACUCUACUGUGCUGAGAAAGCAACUCAAGUGUGUUUGGAAGCCAUACAAUGUUUAGGUGGAAAUGGGUACAUCAAUGACUAUCCCACUGGAAGGCUCCUGAGAGAUGCAAAGUUGUAUGAGAUUGGAGCAGGAACUAGUGAAAUCCGACGCCUUGUCAUUGGUAGGGCACUCAAUAUAGAGUACAAAUAAUUGAGUAGUGUAAUGGGUUAUUAAAUAUAUAAGCUUAAGUGGGGCUCUUUUGGGGAAAUAACACUGCCCUAAUAGGUAGCUGCUGUUUGUGAUGUAAAUACUCUGGGAACAGUAUUGUGUUGUAUAAAUCUGAUAGUUCAUUUAUUUUGAUUAGCUUAGUUCAUAAGUAGUUUCUAUACAUACUAUAAUGUGUAUAGGUGAAAUUUAGAAUAAAAUUUUGGGGGGGUAAUUUUUUAAAACAAAUAUAAGAAUACAUGAAUUUUAAUUGUCAUUUAUCAGAAGAAAUGGCCAAAACUCCCAUUAUUUGGUAGGGGUACUCUAGUUCUGGAUAUACUGUAAUUUUUUGUACUGUAAAAUUUAUUUUAUUUUAAUUUCCUUUGUCUGCAUGUCAUUCGAAGAAUCUUGAAGAUAUAAAUUACAGUCUGUUAGUUCAGGUUAUAGCCUGUAUUGUAACGUAUUUGCAUUUGUAAUGUUGAAUUUCCUGAAUAUUUAAGAAACUAAAUUUUUUACAAAUAUAAUCAGGAUAUCUCAGUAGCCAAUUGAUGUAUAAAAUUUAGUUACUAAAUGGCGAGUGUGGUAGUUUUGGAGGAUUUGGAUAAGCCUAGUAAUGUUUAAAUUGUUUAAAUUUAAUGUUUAAAGCUGUUUGGUUAAAUGGUGAGUUUUAUUCCAUUAUAAUUUUCAGUGAUGGUAGCAAACAUUAAAUUCUUGGAAAUGCAGAAAAGUGGACUAUUUUUACGUACUCCAUUUUUUCAAGAAUAUGUAUUUGUUUGAUACUAUAAUUACAAACUAUUGUAAUAAAUUUUAUUUUUGUUCAGAAAAUUUCUCCAGUUUCUCCUUAUAUAAAGAUUACAUCCAAUGCAGGAAUUUGAUACUAUCUGCUAUACAUUCUGUAGAUUUGUUUACAUUUAAGAGAUUUUGUUUGUGUAUCCCUUGGAAGACAUAAUGGUUUCCAGGCAAAAUGUAGUUGGAACAAAACCCACUUUCAUUAACCAAGAUUAUUAUCUGAAAUCAGAAAAUCUGAAUAAUUUAGUACCAAAGUUCACCAGUUCAUGUCAGCUACGAGUCAGUAUGUUGAUGUGAUUGAUUGCUAUUCUUCAUUUAGAUAUUAAUGCUCCAGAGUAAAUUCUUGAAUCUCAAUUUUUUUUCUUCACUAUAUUAGAAAUAUGACUGGAUAUUUUUACUAAUUCAUCUGGGGCACAUUACUUGUGUUCAUUGUCUGUGAGGUAAUAUAUUCUAACACUUGAUAGGAUACAUUCACAAAUGUUUUCAUGACAGUUUGUAAAGACAGAUGAUUGAUUUGCUGCCUAGGAUGAAUUGUAUACUUAACAACAAACACUGAUGGCUUGCUGUCAAGAUUUCAAGUCAGUAAAAAUGUUCUAUACCAGCAUGACCUCCUUAUGUACAAACUCAAUCCAGAGGUGGUUGUGUUCUGGUACAUGUACUGUUCCGUUUCCUCUGUUAUAUGAUAUUUGGGUGAAAAAGUAAUUUUCUUUGAGGUUAUAUCAGCAUCAAUCCAUUAUUUUGAAAUAAAAAGUUGUAAUAAGUGGUUUUAUUUAUAGUUAGUAAGUAGGUAUUAUGUAAUGGGUUGGACUAUACUGUUCUUAAAGUUUUAGUCUGUUUCAUAUGUGAUAGCUAGAUAGAUUAUUGCAGGUAGGUUAGUAUUGUAGUAUUAUUACUUACACUCGUGUUGGAAGACUUGAUGAAUGAGUAGAUUUUUUUAGACAAUUCAAAAUGAGUAUACUUGAAUGUACUGGGUAUUGUAGACAUAAUAAAUGUUCAUGUACAAUUAUCUUGUAUCUCCAUUAUUUUAGUUGAUGCCAUAUUUUUUAAAUUAAAAGCAUUUUAAA